GUUUUACAUUGUUUAUUGUUUAAUGAUCGUUGCAUGGACAUGAUCUAUCUCACAAUAAGUGAAACUAGAUCCUGAAAGUCUAAAUUUGAUUAUUCGCUCUCGGGUCCGCUGAUCAUUUGAUCGACAUGGCUGUAAUUAGGUCCUAUGCCCAAAUAAAAAUGGGGGCAUAACACUGCCCACAGAUAGUUCUGCUCAUCCUCGCGACGAAUUUGAACCGAUGCAAGUCGCCAUCCUCCAUUCUCAAUUCUUCCAUAGCGAUAAACCAAGCUUAGUUCAGGGUCAAAACCAAAGAUUCGCGAAGCGGACAGAAUCCACCUCUUUCCAAACCAAUUCGUCAGCGAUACAUCCUUUGAGAAGAAAGCAGGGGUUAACCGCUAAUAGAUGGCGACAAGUCAAGACUUGUGUGACUGCCAGCAGCGACCACAAGGAGCAGAAAUUUUGGCGCUGGAGCAAGGCCAGCAAGAUGCACGACCAAACGGACAAACUUCUGUUAACGGAACAGAGAGUAGCGGGAUUCUUGAGUCUGACAAGAAAGAAGCCGUCCACCAUUUAGCACGAGUGAAGGACAGCCAAAGUGCUGAUGCAAAUAUCGUCGACUGGGACGGACCAAAUGAUCCAGUUAAUCCUCAAAACUGGAGUCCUCUGAAGAGGUGGUCAAAUAUUGCUGUCGUCGGUUUAAUUACUUUCAACGUCCCGCUUGCCUCAUCUAUGCUAGCACCCGCAGUGCCACAGCUUCUCCAGUCAUUCAAAACGAAUAACGAAGCCCUUUCGACGUUUGUAGUGUCAGUAUAUAUCCUAGGUAUGGCCGCAGGUCCUCUCAUAUUAGCACCGAUGAGCGAGCUCUACGGAAGAGUCAUAGUAUAUCACGUUGGCAAUGUUCUCUUCAUUAUCUUCACAGUCGCCUGCGGACUAGCAACCAAUAUAAACAUGCUCGUUGCUUUUCGAUUCUUGGCUGGCUUAGUCGGCGCCGCGCCCAUCGCCAUUGGAGGCGGUACGAUUGCAGACGUUACAACAAUGAAGCAACGUGGAACAGCCAUGUCUAUUUGGAGUCUUGGCCCUUUGCUGGGUCCGUCUGUGGGUCCCGUAAUUGGGGGUUUCCUCUCUCAAUCCAAAGGCUGGCGUUGGAUCUUCUGGCUGCUUGCAAUCAUUGCUGGCGUCAUUGCGAUCAUUAGUCUUGUUGUAUUACGCGAAUCCCACGCUCCGACGUUGCUGAAGAGAAAAGCAAACCGUCUAAGGACAGAAAGUGGCAACAUGGAUCUUCGCUCGAAGCUUGACUCUCAGCUCUCGCCAAAGGAACUUUUUUUGCGAGCUAUUGUAAGGCCAUGCAAAAUGUUGGUCUUCUCACCUGUUUGUCUCAUACUGAGCAUUUAUUCCGCCUUCGUCUACGCCAUGAUCUAUUUCAUGUUCAGCACUUUUUCAUUCAUCUUUGAGGAUCACUAUGGCUUCGGUCAGGGCACAGUUGGUCUUGUUUUUCUCGCCUGUGGUAUCGGCAUGAUGCUGGGUCUUGUAAUUCAGCAAUUUACGGGUGAUCGCAUUAGGAAGAGCCUUGCCGACAAAUACAAUGGUGGUACAAGUAAGCCGGAAUACCGCGUUCCACCUAUGUUCUUUGCCGGCGCACUCCUUCCCGCAGGACUUGCGUUGUAUGGUUGGACUGUACAGUAUCAUGUACAAUGGGCGGUUCCUUUGUUGGGAACCUUACUUGUUGGAACUGGCAUAUGUAUCAUCAACGUCUGCAUCAAUACCUACCUCGUCGAUACCUUUACUAUCUACGCCGCUUCCGCUUUGGCCGCGUCCGCCGUUUUGCGCUCUGUUUUCGCUGCAGUAUUGCCGCUGUUUGCGCUGCAGUUGUAUAACAAGUUGGGAUUGGGUUGGGGCAACACUCUGUUUGCCUUUAUCGCUCUCGGCAUGUGGCCGAUUACGUUGCUCUUCUUCAUUCAUGGGGAGAAAUUACGCACCAACCCAAAGUUGCAGGUGAAGCUUUAAGUCACGCAAGGCACGAAGUUGCCGUCAAAGAACCGCAGGAAGCAGCCCUUGCAUAUAUUCAAAUCCAGUCCUAAAUCUACAAAUAUUUUACCUAAUCCCACAACCUAAUCAAUGAUCUUGGGAUCUACUGAUUAAAUUAAUCUAUACUGUUACACUAUAUUAAUAUAAAUGUCUUCUAAUUAGUUAGUUCGGGUCUUUAAAAUAUACGUAUUCAUGUUAU